GAAUCAGCGUAAGGCCGCUCGGCUCUGCCCGUCGCGUUUCCUACCUGGGACUGGGCAGGUCACCGCGCCUGGCGUAAACUGCGCGGUCUCCCCGCGGGAGAGCGUUUCCUGCGGCGCAGGGAGCGUCGCGCCCUGCGCGGGUAGGAGGCCGAGGCCGCACCUACGGACGUCACUUACGUAAACCCGUCCGCGAGUGUGCCAGAGACAACUGAGGAAAGCACUGAGGAAACGAGACUUCCAAGAUGCAGCAGCCGAGCUGGAUGAUGCACCUUGUGUGAGAAACCAUCAAGCAGAUUGUGCUUCAGACAUAUUCCCGAACUGCUGCGCACAUUCGGCAUGCCAGUUAGCAGAGCCAAAGAUUCAAAUGCUCCUGCUGCAGGCACCUCAUGCUCUGGGACCGAUGGUGGCUGUUCUUCCUCGCCGUGUGAAAAUGGAGGCAGCUGUAGGGAUUUGGCGGGGGGGUACCAGUGCGCCUGCCCCACGGAGCCGCUCGCCUACACGGGGACAAACUGUGAGCUGCUGUACGACGCGUGCGCUAGCCACCCGUGCCCGGCACACAGGAUUUGCCGCGGGACUCUGGGACUGCUGGAAUAUGAGUGCGUCUGUAGGCCUGGCUUCGCAGGUACUGAUUGUAACGUUGAUGUUAAUGAGUGUGAGAGCAACCCUUGUAAAGACCCUCGUUUUGAAUGUGUAGCUAGUGUAAAUGGAUACACCUGUAAAUGUCAAACAGGACUGAAUGGAGAAGGCUGCCAGACAGAAAGCUCUGUAUGCUCUAGCCGCCCCUGCCUAAAUAACGGGACCUGUGUCGAGGGUCCUGGCGACUAUUCCUGCAUCUGCCAGCCUGGCUUCAGCGGGGCCCUCUGCAGAGACAACAUUGAUGAGUGCGCGUCCAGCCCGUGCCAGAACGGAGCCAUCUGCCGAGACAGGGUGAAUGAGUAUAGCUGUUUCUGUGUGCCGGGGUUCCAAGGAUACAACUGUGAAAUAGACAUCAACGAGUGCGCGUCCCGACCCUGUAAAAACAAUGGCACCUGCCUGAAUGAGAUGGAUCACUAUUUGUGCCAGUGCGUCCCCGGCUACACAGGUGUAAACUGUGAUGCUGAAAUAGAUGAAUGUGAGUCAGAGCCUUGCCAGAAUGGGGCCUUGUGCAGUGAUCAUGUUGGGUUCUACAGCUGCGCCUGUGCAGCAGGUUACCAAGGAGUGCAGUGCGAGGAGGACAUUGAUGAAUGUGCGAGCCAGCCCUGCGAGCACAACGGGACGUGUCACGACCUUAUUAACGGAUACCGUUGUGACUGCAGUGACACAGGCUUUGAAGGGGACCACUGUGAGGUGGAUAUUCUGGAGUGUGCCUCUGGACCCUGCCUGAACAGUGCCACGUGUGUGGAGGGGAUCAAGAACUACAACUGUGCCUGCUGGCCAGGUUACACAGGGCAGCGCUGUGAGGAGGACGUGGAUGAGUGUGCUGCAGGGCCCUGUCACAACGGAGGGCUCUGCUUUGAGCGCUCCAACCAAGCCUAUUAYGGAGCACGGCCUGACUUCCCCAGUGAGUUCAGCUACAGCCAAGCAGCUGGUUUCCUCUGCUGGUGCCAGCCAGGCUUUGCAGGGGAGACUUGCUCUACUAACAUUGAUGAAUGUGAAGCCCAGCCGUGUCAGAAUGGAGGGCACUGUGUGGACCUUAUUAAUGGCUUCCUUUGCCAUUGCCCACCUGGAUAUUCAGGUGUGGAAUGUGCUGUUAACAUCAAUGAGUGUGAGGAGGGUCCCUGCAAGAAUGGAGCUGUCUGUGAGGAUGGCAUUGCUGACUAUACCUGCCACUGUGCCCCUAGCCAGGAUGGCAUUAUAUGGGGAGGGAAGAACUGCUCUGUGAAGCUCACUGGGUGCCAGACGCAUGACUGUCAAAAUGAGGCCUUGUGCAUCCCAACCUACCUAGCUGAGAGCCAUGGCCACCUGUGCCAGUGCCAGCCUGGUUUCUAUGAUGCCACAUGCUCAACACCAACAACGUUUUCCUUUGCUUCCAGAGGGUAUCUCCUCAUUGAGCUGCCCAUGAACAAUGAAAGCAGGAGGGACGUAGCAGGGGAUCAGCUGGUCAGCGUGUCCCUCCGGUUCCGAACCACCUUGUCCAGCGUCAUCCUUUUUUACCGAGGCCRUGAAGCUGAGUACUUGUUCCUGGAGCUCUUUGAUGGUGUUCUGCAUGCAGGACUGAAGACAGAGGAUGUUGAGUACCUGUUAGUCCUGGAGGGGCUGCGAGUUGAUGAUGGCCGCUGGCACAAAGUGGAAGUUCUUCUGCAGCACUCUGUGCAGCUAAAGCUCUGGCAUGACUCUUGUGAUGCAGGUGUGUGCCUGCAGAGCGCUCCCGUCGGGAACAGCACCACGUUGAUCCCCCCUGCCUUCCAGAACGCGUACGUUGGAGGUGCUCCCGAUGCCAUGGCCAGCAACACGCGGAGCCAGCAGGGCUUUGUGGGCUGCCUGCAGGACCUGCAGGCGGAUGGGGAAGCUUUGCUCCCGCGGCAUCUCCCUGCGGGCGAGUCGGCCCCGCUGGCCCUGGGCUGUGACAGGACCGAGUGGUGCCUCUCUCAGCCUUGCUCCCAUGGAGGGCUCUGCGUGGACCUUUGGGCAACCUUCCGGUGUGACUGCUCGAGGCCGUAUGGAGGCCCAACUUGCUCCUAUGAGCGCCCAGCAGCAACAUUUGGCCUGGAGAAUUCCACCAGCUUUGCCUCUUUUGCCCUUUCUGACAGCCUUGGUGCAAAUUUCAACAUCUCCUUUUUCAUUCGUAGUCUGAAACCUAACGGUCUGCUAUUGCAAAUCAGCAAUGAAACUGGCCCCUGCCUCACCAUGUACUUGAAGAACAGCAAGCUGAAGAUAGAGAUGUCUGCAGAUACUGUGACCUUUCCAAAAAACGUAGUUGAUGGGAGAAGACAUUUGGUAGCUCUGUCUUUCCAGGGUGGAGUUGUUCGUGCCCAUCAGUCAGACACAGAUGUGGAGCUAGGGCAGCUGGUAGCUGCACCUCUUCUGGCUGGCUAUGAAGUGCAUGUUGGGGGGCAUCCUGACCCGCACAGCACUCACAGCUGGGGAGGAUAUUUUAAAGGCUGUUUGCAAGACGUGCAGCUGAACAACCUUGAAGUGCAGUUUUUUCAGGCUGAGAACUACAGUCUGCCACUGGAACUGAACAGAGCUGAAAACACCAGUCUUGUGAAUGGCUGCAUCUCUGAUGACACCUGUAAGUCUGAGCCGUGCCAGAAUGGGGGCACAUGCAUCGUCACUUGGAAUGAUUUUCAUUGCAACUGUCCUGCAAAUUUCACUGGGAAAAUUUGUGAAGAGAGAGUCUGGUGUGAAAGUGACCCGUGUCCUGAAGCCACGACCUGCACCGACGUUCCAGCGGGAUAYGUGUGUCUGGCUAAUGCAACAUUUAAUAGCUAUGCUGCCAUUGAAUUUACCACCAAUGCGUCAGUGACGAGAACUCUGAGCAGCCUCCACCUGGAUUUCAGAACGAGGGAUGAAGAUGCAGUUUUGCUGCGGGCCGAGGAAGAGGUGGAUUCCCUCCAGAUUGCCAUCAGGAACUCGUCCCUGGCUGUCGAUAUCAGGAGUGGGAACAGCAUCGAAGGGGUCAGCUUCCUGAGCCAGAUACCGGUGACGGACGGUGCCUGGCACACCAUCUCCAUGGCCAUGGAAGAGCCAUCUGCRCUGUCCUCCAGAUGGCUGGUUUGUCUGGAUGGGUCUGUUAAUGUGACUCUGCAGGGAAACGCUGGGAACUUGGACUUCUUAAAGAGCAGUGCGCCAAUAGUUGUAGCCGAAAAUUACACGGGCUGCCUCGGGCAAGUGAAGAUAGGAGGCAUCCACCUGCCGCUCGCCGCGCCGCUGCGGUACCCCCAGCCGGAGCAGUUCGUGGCGUCCCGCGGGGGCACCGUGCAGCUCGGCUGCGCCGGGGCCGACGUGUGCGCGGCCGGGCCCUGCCUCCACGCCGGCACCUGCGAGGACUUGUUCAAUUCYUUCCGCUGCGUCUGCAGCGCCGGCUGGGGGGGGCUGCGCUGCGAGGCCAACAUCGAUGAGUGCCAGUCAAGCCCAUGUGUCCACGGGGACUGUGUGGACGCAGUGGCCGAUUUCCAGUGCGAAUGUUUCCGGGGAUACAUUGGGAAGAAGUGUGACAUCAACGUGGAUGACUGUGUGCGGCACCAGUGCCUAAAUGGAGCUACCUGCGUUGAUGGGGUUUAUGGCUAUUCCUGCAAGUGCCUGCCGCAGUAUUCAGGCCCUCGCUGCGAAUGGCCGUUCCCACCUCAGCAAUGUGGUAAAAACUUCACCUGUCUGAAUGGUGGCAAAUGCAUCAGUGAGACCUGGGGAGCCAACUGCAGUUGCAAGCCAGGUUUCACUGGAAGGAAUUGUCAAAUUAACAUAAAUGAGUGUGAUCCAAACCCUUGCCAGAAUGGAGGUACGUGUCAAGACUCUGUGAACAAGUACGAGUGCGUGUGCAGUGCCAGCUACACAGGAGACCGCUGUGACGUUAACAAAGGGACUCCGGGUGCUUUCUUCCCCUCCCCACUAAUUGAAGUAGCUGUCCCUGUAGCCUGUGGCUCUUUACUGCUGCUCGGUAUCGGGCUCAUAUUCCUGAUUCUCACGGCAAGGAAGCGGCGCCAGUCAGAGGGAACCUACAGCCCAAGUCAGCAAGAAGUGGCAGGCGCUCGGUUGGAGAUGGACAGUGUUCUAAAGGUGCCACCCGAAGAGCGGUUAAUAUAGGCACUGCCAUGGCAAGGAGCUGCACCUGCAAGGGCUGCCUGGCCUGUCUUGCAGCAGCAGCUCUCCUCUCUCACUUUGCUUGGCGUUGAAGACAUAGACUGGAAGUGCGUGGCAGACUGUGCAGCCUGGGGUGGCCCAGCUGGUUACAGCUCUGGCUCAACACGAGCCCUCCCGGUGUCGCACAGGGGGCUCCAGCUUCGAUGCUCCUCUGGCUCCAGGCUGCUCGUGCUGCUUUAAAAGGCAGAGUUACGUUAGGCACUGAUGUGCAGAUGAAGAUGUAUACUUUUGAGGCGAGAUGUACAGAGGCUAUUUGUGUUUGGUUGUAUAUACUGKUUUAGGUUCUUUUUUUUUUGUCCCCCAACAACUCAAAUCUCUGCCAAGCUUUCUCAGCGCAGGAGAAUGCCGUUUUCAAGGCUGGUCUCACAGAGCAGUCCUCAACAGCAACAGCAGCUGGAACUCCUGCCUCGUGGUAGCCAGUGCCCCAGGAGCGGCUGCACGGAGCGAUGUUUCCUGGGCUCUCCUUAGACAUUCCCACGGUACCGCACAGCGCAYGUGCCGGCACAAUGUGCGGCUUUGUGGGCAGGGGCUGGAGAGCUCCCUCGCCCAAAACUGACCUUAGCA